UUACCCAUGCGAACCAAACAACUCGUUCCAUUGGGAUAGUGUAAAUUGUAUACAUACAGGAUAAUUCCUGACCACUCCCAAUGUAACCUAGACAUCGCUAAAAGUUAAAAAGAGAUAAAAGACCCACCACCUCCCAUUACGUGAGGUACGGGAAUGUGAUUGGAACACAACGCCCAAAUUACGUCCGACUACAACUCACUAAAUGACCAAAAGGGCAAAAGGCCAAAGAGAAAGGAAGAUGCUCUGUUUUUCUUUUCCUGUUCCUAGAUUCUUCCACUUCGCAUGCACUCUUUCGUCUUUAUUCUUUGCUUUGAGGUUUUGAGUCUCCCAUUUGCCUUGCCUCCGUUUAGAUACCAAAUCCAUGGAUUCGAUUUCCUUAUACGACGUCAGGACAAUCAUCGUGUCUCAAAUUCCCAGGUCUAAACUCCAAAGUCAAAACAGAGCUGUAAUGCGGCCCACUGAAUUACGCCGUGAUGUUCGCAUUAGUUGGGAAAUGACUUAAACCUGCUUUCCGCCAAUGCACUGCUCCGCAUUCAGGGUGGGGAAGGAGAUUCUUACCUAUAUAAGUACCGAGGAACUAUGUAAGGGAAUCGAUGCUGUCAGCGGCAAUCCCCUUGUUUUGUAUCCAGUAGAACAGUUAAAGAACUUCGAGGAAAGGAAAUAAUGAGUGACAUGGACGAUGGCAGUUAAUCUUUGGGGCCCCACCAAAUUGAGUGUAAGCCCCUACAAUUCUUCAAGACGGCAAUACAGGGGUAGAAGCCUAUGGACAUUUUCACCCUCAUUGUUCAACAGAGAUCUUCAAUUAAGUGCUUAAUUAGUAUAUAAGUUGCUUUUUAUACAACUAUAUAACCCACAAAAACUCUGAGAAGCUUUUCCACAUUGAACUGUGAGAGAUGAAGAGUUGGGCUUUAGCUUUGCUUGUUCUUGUGUUUAUUCAAAAACAGGGGAAUUUCCUCCAAGUGGAAGCAGCCGAUGGGUUCGUUAAAACCAGUGGAAUGCAUUUCGUGUUGAAUGGGCUUCCGUACCAUGCAAAUGGGUUCAAUGCGUAUUGGUUAAUGUAUGUGGCCUCAGACCCAUCUCAGAGAAGCAAAAUCUCAUCUGCCUUUGCAGAAGCUGCAGGUCAUGGCCUUACGAUAGCCAGAACAUGGGCUUUCAGUGAUGGUGGAUACAGACCUCUACAGUACUCUCCUGGCUCCUACAACGAACAGAUGUUCCAGGGGUUGGAUUUUGUAGUAUCAGAAGCAGGAAAAUAUGGGAUAAAGCUAGUGUUGAGCUUGGCAAACAAUUAUGAAAGCUUUGGAGGAAAGAAGCAGUAUGUGGACUGGGCAAGAGGUCAGGGGCAGUAUUUAACAUCUGAUGAUGAUUUCUUUAGGAACUCAGUGGCGAAGGGAUAUUACAAAAACCAUAUCAAGACUGUUCUUACAAGGCGUAACAGCAUCACUGGAGUUGUUUAUAAGGAUGAGCCAACGAUAAUGGCUUGGGAGCUUAUGAAUGAGCCUAGAUGCACUUCAGAUCCAUCAGGGAGGACGAUUCAGGCUUGGAUUACAGAGAUGGCCUCUUAUGUAAAAUCCGUUGAUGGAAAUCACUUACUAGAAGCAGGUUUGGAGGGGUUUUAUGGACAAACAUCACCUCAGAAGCAGCAAUACAAUCCAAAUUUUCAAGUGGGAACAGAUUUUAUUGCAAAUAAUCAGAUCCCUGGCAUUGAUUUUGCUACAGUUCACUCAUAUCCUGAUCAAUGGUUCUCUAGCUCAAGCGAUGACACCCAACUUUCAUUCUUGAAUGAAUGGCUCAAGAAUCAUAUCCAAGAUGCACAGAAUGUUCUUCGAAAACCGCUUCUCUUUACUGAGUUUGGGAAAUCGUCAAAAGAUUCCGGUUACAGCACAUACCAGAGGGACAUGCUGUUCAACACAGUCUACUCUGCAAUCUAUUCAUCAGCCAGGAGUGGAGGUGCAGCUGUUGGUGGCAUGUUCUGGCAACUUCUAACCGAAGGAAUGGACUCUUUCAGAGAUGGCUAUGAGAUAGUCCUCAGUGAGAGCCCCUCAACAGCCAAUGUGAUUGCUCAACAGUCCCACAAGCUUUACCUGCUUCGGAAGAUGUAUGCUAGGUUGAGAAACAUACAGAAGUGGAAGAGAGCCAGAGCCAUCAGAAGGGCUCAAUGGUGGAAUAGGAACAAGGGCAAGAAUACGGGAAAUUAACUAAAUAAAGAACAUGACACAAGUUGUCCUAAAAUGAAACUAGAGAUGUUUUUAAAAGAUUUAGCUAAGUUAAAGCUUCAUGUUUGUUAUGGAUUUGGUAAGUUUGCAAGGAGGUGAAUGCUCUCUUAGAGAUGAGUUUUAUUCAUCCAAGGGAGUGAGACAUAUAAGAUAACGUGAUUUUCAUAGAUACAUCUAUGUGUAAUUUAAAGGUAAUUCUUAUCUACUUGUGUUUUGAGCCCAGUCUACCAUGUACUUGGCUGUAACAUUGUCCUCACUACCAAAUGGACUACAAAUCAAUAAAGCAAAAGAGCCUUUUAUUUA